UUGAAGUUCUUCGCAACUACUUUAGUUUAUCGCGUUAUCCGUUUAGUUUUGUGUCCCAGUGCAGUAGUUUGUUGAUUCAUUGUUUAAUAUCGUCCUGUUUAAUGUUAUGGAUUAUGAAAACGUGCUACUUGUGAAAAAUGAAGUGUUCGUCUAUCAGAUUCUUUCGAGACAGUCUAAUCGGGGUUACAGGGCUAAUAACUGGAACCUAGAAACUCCUAUGUGGACUGGAAGACUUCGUGUUAUCGCCAAAGGUAAAGAUCUCGUAAUACGAUUGGAAGAUAAGAAUUCUGGACAGCUAUAUGCUGAAUGCCCAGUGGACUCAUUUCCUGGGAUAUCCGUUGAACCAGUUAUUGACUCAAGUCGAUUUUUUGUUAUUCGAUUAAUGAAUGAUAAUGGGGAAACUAAAUUUGUAGGGAUUGGUUUCGCAGAACGUGCGGAUUCCUUUGACCUUAAUGUAGCAAUUCAAGACCAUUUCAAAUGGUUAAAACAGGAAAAAGAAGCUAAAGAAAUGGAAGAAAACGCGGGCAACCAACCAGCUAAGGAUAUGAGUUUCAAAGAAGGGGAAAAAAUAAAAUUAAAUCUGAAUACCCGUCGUACAGGGGAUGAUCCAAAUCCCAAAUCAAAAGUUACACGCCCCCUUACUUCUGGAUUAUCGGGUGGUCUACUGCCCCCUCCUCCGCCGCCGGCAGUUUCUCGGUCUCGUGGUAGUCGCGUUGUAGGAGAUACCGCCCCAGUAUCGGGUAACUUAUUUAACAGUAACCCGUCACAACCAAACUAUACAAAUCCUGUGUGCACACCGAACGUUCCAUCGACCACUUCAAACGUCGACCUUCUAAGUGAUUUCCUCGGGAAUUCUGGGCAGUCCUGAAUGCCAUCAAAUCACUACGUGGAGAUAUUCUAUUUUACGCUUCUUACUCAUUCCUCUUUAAUGCUCGAAAUAAGAAGACUGUGUUUAUAGCAUUCUAACAAUAUUUAAGUAAAAGUCUUUCACUUAAAACCUGAUUUAUUGCUACAGUAUUAAUGUGAGGAAAUAUUAUGGUUUGCAUUUGUUAAAAACGUGCUCUUGCAAUAUAUAUAUAUAUAUAUA